UGGGAACCCAAUGUUUUUAGAGCCAUUUUGGAAGCAAAAUGCAGGGAGUAGUGGUGUAAUGGUGGCGGGAUGGCAUAGAAUGGGAUAUGAAUUUGAGGAUGGUUCACUCAUUUCUAAGCAAUUGAAGAGUGUAAUCCACAAGUUACAUGACACUGUAGGAAAUGCAAACACAUCAAACAAGUACAUAUUAUUUGGAGCUGGCUCAACUCAGCUUCUUAAUGCCGCGGUGUAUGCUCUUUCCCAUCACACCCCUUAUUCAUCGCCCACCAAAGUUGUUGCUUCUGCUCCUUACUACCCUGUUUACAAAUCACAAACAGAGCUAUUGGAUUCGAAGAAGUAUAAGUUUAGUGGAGAUACAUCCUCGUGGAAAAACAAAACAAGGAGUACUAGUACUAGUACGGAUUUCAUUGAGUUUGUGACAUGUCCAAACAAUCCAGAUGGGCACUUAAACAAGGCAGUCCUUCAAGGAAAAUUUGCAAGGCAUGUUUACGAUUUAGCUUACUAUUGGCCACAUUACACCGCGAUUCCAAGCCCUAUGGAUGAAGAUCUCAUGUUAUUUACACUUUCAAAGCUCACUGGUCAUGCCGGUAGCAGAUUUGG